UUGCACCCUGUGCCCCACUGCCAGUUGCCCAUGUGCGGUUUUUAAUAAGGUGGAUGCAAGAGUUGGUCUUGCUCUCUUCUGGGUGACGCGGAUUGGAAGGGGUUCUCGAUAUUUUUACCAAACUUUUCCGUUUCGUUUCGGCGGCGCCCCUUCUUUUACUUUCUGAAAUUGUAAAUACAUCUACACUAUCUCAGAGAGGAGCCAUGAAGUGGACCUGGGUGUUCGUGACAGUCUUGCUGUCCUUUGGGGGCCUAUCGCUGGGCAAGGAGAGCUUGGACUUCCCCGAGUAUGAUGGCAAGGACCGCGUCCAUGACCUCAACGCCAAGAACUAUAAGUUCGUGAUGAAGAAGUACGAUGUCAUGGUGGUGUACUACCAUGAUCAUCCCGGAUCCAGCCGCGUCGCCCAGAGACAGUUUGAGAUUGAGGAGUUGACCCUUGAGCUUGCAGCCCAGGUCCUGGAUGAGUUUGACGAUGAGGAUAUCGGAGUCGGACUCAUUGAUGCUAAGGAAGACAAAGCCGUUGCAAAGAAAUUAGGUCUUGAUGAGUCCGACAGCAUCUUCAUCUUCACAGACGAUGAAGUCAUAGAAUAUGACGGCGAGCUUGCAGCAGACACUAUUGUGGAGUUCAUCUAUGAUGUUCUUGAGGACCCGGUGGAAAUUAUUGACAAUAAUAGGGAACUGAAAGGAUUUGAAAACGUCGAAGAGGACAUCAAACUGGUGGGCUACUUUAAGAGUCACAAGUCAGAACAUUUUGAGGCUUUCGCCGAUGCUGCUGAAGAGUUCCAUCCCCACAUCUAUUUCUUCGCCACAUUCAACCCCAAGGUUGCCAAGUCUCUGGAGCUGAAGCUCAAUGAGGUGGACUUCUAUGAACCCUUCAUGGAUGAUCCAGUGGUCAUCCCCGGAAAACCUUACACUGAGGACGAGCUGGUGAAAUUCAUUGAAGAUAAUGACAGACCGACCCUGAGGAAGCUGCAGCCCCACAACAUGUACGAGAUCUGGGAUGACGAUCUCGAUGAUGAACACAUCGUUGCUUUUGCAGAGGAGUCUGACCCAGACGGUUAUGAGUUCCUUGAGAUCCUGAAGCAAGUUGCCGAGGACAACACAGACAACCCCGACCUCAGCAUUGUCUGGAUUGACCCUGAUGAUUUCCCCCUGCUUCUGCCACACUGGGAGAAGACUUUCAAAAUCGACCUGUCCUCCCCGCAGAUUGGUGUUGUUGAUACUGGUGAUGCUGACAGCGUGUGGAUGGACAUGGAUGAUGGAGAGGACUUGCCAACUGUAGACGAGCUGGAGGACUGGAUCGAGGACGCUCUGUCAGGUGUAAUCGAUCCUGAUCAUGAUGAUAAUGAUGAUGACGAUGAUGAUGAUGACGAUGAUGAUGAUGACAAUGAUGAUGACGAUGAUGAUGAUGACGACGAUGAUGACGAUGAUGAUGAUGAUGAUGACGACGACGACGACGAUGACGACGACGAUGAUGACGACGACGAUGACGACGACGACGAUGAUGACGAUGACGACGAUGAUGAUGAUGACGAUGAUGAUGAUGACGAUGAUGAUGAUGAUGAUGACGAUGAUGAUUAUUAAAUCAUUAAGUCAUAAUUUACUCAUUAAGUCUGACCAAUGCAGUUUCAAGAGUCAACAUCAUUAACUCCCUCAUCUUCUUUUGUAACUAGUUCUCAUGUUGAACUCGUCAGUCCAUUUUGAUAUCUCAUCUGUUCAUCAUCCUCUCUCUGCAUCUCACCAGAACAAUAUUCCACUACUCGUUUAUCCCUCCCCAACCCCCCCGCCCCACCUACAUAUUCACUAAUCCUCCAUGUAACAAAGUACUUUCUAAGAUAAGAUCCCACAGUACCUUUAUUAAACACAUGUAACACUGUCUGGUACAAUAAAAAAAAGAAAUUCUUUCAAAAACCUUGCCAUCUACUGCUAUUGAUUUUUAUAUUAUUAAAGUUUUUAUUUUCCAAAGUACUGGAGGGGUUGCAAUGUUGUAUGCAUUAUGUAUGAGUCCACCUGUGGAGUCUGUUGCAGUCUGAAUGUGUUUUAUCUGUUCUCACUUAUUUUCUUGUUCACCCCACUAUCGAAACAACUGAAGUCAGACCCAAAGAUGCUAGCAGGCUUUUCUGACGGGUCUUAUGGAUAUCACCAGCCUACUCUGUGAAAUCAAUGUAACCGCUGUACACUGAAAGUGCUGUACAUCAUAUGGAUGUUUUCUACGAUGAUGAAAUAUGACAACAGCCAUAUUCUAUUUUUGUAACAAGAGGAAUUUAACUUUACUGUAAAGUCUUAAAUAAAUGACAGCUUGGACAGAAACACCA